AUGACGAAGCCUAAAGUCGAAGAAGCAAAACCUAACGCGGAAGAGAAACCCGACGAUCUCGAAAUCAACUCGAUCGGCUCCCUCUACAAUGGACCUUGGGACAAGAAGUACUGGAGCUCCUCCAGGGGGAAAGAUCGGUAUCCUUAUCCAGUUGGGUACCGGGCUGUUCGAGCUCACAAUGGGAGCACAUAUAAGAUGGAAAUUCAAGAAGGUCCUAAAGGACCUUUAUUUUCGAUUAUUGCUGCUGAUGGACAAUCGUCUUCUGGGCAAACGCCAUACAUUGCAUGGGAGAAAUUUCAGAAGGCAUUUUUUCCCCGCAUGAAGAUUUGGCAUGGGAAGAGAUUUUCGUGUAAAAUAGAUGGUGUGGAGUUUUUUGGGUUCAAAAAUCCAUUUGUCCAGAGGCUACUUCGGGAGCUGGCUGCAAACGUUAAUGGAACAGCAGAAAGGAGUUUGGUACCCUCAAGUUUCUGCAAUGGAGCUUCUAGAAGAACAGAUGUUGAUAAUCUCUUUCCAGAUGCAUGUCCAUACUUGGCAAUACCACGAAUCACUGGGAAGAGAAGUAGGAGACGUGAAAUUGUAAAUUCAAAGUCAUUCAGUUGGACUAGCAUUAAAAGAACCAGACCUGAAGAUCUGACAUCUUUUGCCAAGCCUUCAGAUUCAGUGAAAGGGAGUAAGAGAUAUCAUAAUAAUGGGAAUUCCACGCUCUCCUCUUCUUUUGAAGAAGAGUAUGACAUUUGUAAAUAUUCAAAAGCAUCGCCACCAUUAGUGCAUUUAGUACCUGCUCAUCAAGAAGAGAGUGACUUUUCAGUCAAAGAUAGUUUGCCAUUGGAUUCUGUUGGCUUCCCCAUUCAUCCCAGGAUGGAUGCUGUCCAUGAAGAAGCAAGGCUUUUUGUUGGUUCUGGAAAUUGCAAAUCUACUGUGGUAGCCAGCAACUUGUCUGUGGAUGAAGAAAAACCUCUUGAUAGGACUGAAGAUCCCGAUCUAAUGGUACCAGAAAACAAAAAUGUAGAUCCUACAGUGCCAAAAGAUUCUGAAGGUCUUAUUGACGUUGACCUUUGUGCUCCCAAUUCCUAUUUUACACAGGAUAAGACUUAUGAUUCUGCUCCAGCUUUCCAGGAUAGAAGUGCAUUGAAUGUGGUCAUUUCUGAAGGAUUGCUGACAGAAUCAUAUCGAGAAGAAGAAACAGCCACCUCUAAAUCAAAUGCAAGUUCUGAAAUGAGUGAGUUUGAUUCAGUUGGUCAAGAAAUGGCCAAGUCAAUGAUGACAUUUCUUCUUCCGCAAGCUAUUCCUCUGCUCAAGAAGGGCUCAAGGAAGGAAAAGGGUAUUGUGAGCCCUUCUGAAAUUCUGCCUUGUGCUCCAUCCCCUGGUGUAAUGCUUGCUGUAAAUAACGAUCGAAUGGAGGAAAAGGUGUACACCCAAAAUAAUGAUUUUGGUUCAAUUGUCCCAACAAAGUCUUUUGUUCCUGGCAGUUUAGAGGAUGAUCAAUACGGUGACAUUGUAGUCAACCGCGUGAUAUCUUCCUCUGAUAAGGCUGAAGCUGGUCAAGAUAGUUCUUACCCUGCAUGCCUUCUCAACAGUCAUGGGCUUCUUGUUGCUGUUAAUGAGCAUAACAAAUCAUUAGAUGAUCAUCUUGGGACCAUUGGAACCAAAGAUAUUUUUCCUUAUAAGGAAGUGGGCAUGGCUUCUACUGGGGGGCUUCAGGAAUGUGACACCAACUUAUCUGAGUCUCUUCCAGUAUGUAUGUCUCCUAGUAAAAGAGUCUUUUCUGAAGAAAUCAGGGAUAAAUCUGUUAAUAAGGAUGAAUGCUCACUAGGUGUUAAUAUCCAUUCUAUGAAAAGCAAUGAAACUGCAGUUGAUCUUCCUGAAGCCAUAAAUAUAAUUGAUGACAACCAAAGAGGCAUGUUGAAUUCUUCAAAGGCAACACAGAAUGAAAAUGCUGUUAAGACAACUGUUGCAGAAACUGGAAAUGAGCCCUCCACUCAAGUUCCACCCUUAGUAUAUACCAAGAGAAAAGCUCAAAAUAUAUGUCCUAUUAAAGGAAAUCACAGUGGUCCACUCUCAGAAAGUAUAAUAUGCAGAAACAGUGGGGAUAUUUGUUUGCCUGAAUCAUACCCUUCCACAGAGACUUUGCUUGCGUUGGAGACUCUUCAGAUGGGUUCUUCUGAUGACAAUUCAAAUAAAGAUUCAUUCUGUGCUGAAGCCAAGAUUGUGGGACAUUCCCGUUGUUUGAAUGCAGACAAACCUUCUGUGAAUUCUAAAGGUCUCUUAAAUGGUCAUUGUCCUGCUGUAUUACAAGAGCAAGCAUUGGUUGGUGCCUCCAAAGAAAAAGAUACUUUGUGCUCUCUUGAUUUGUCUGUUUCACGUUUAGAAAACCAUGUUGACAAGGAUGUGGUUGGGCAUGAGAACCUCCUUGAGCUAAACGACACUGAAACAUCUCAGAAACAGGGGAGGGGUCUCAUGCAUAAUCCCAAUAGUGUUCCGCAUAGUUCAGACUCGAAGCCUCAUAGUGUGGAACUUAAUAACGAACAAACAGGCGGUCUUGAGUUUGUGGGAUGUUAUUCCCAUCAAAAUCCCGUUUUGUCAGUAUUGUUGAGUGCAAAAGGGACUGAAAUUUAUGUUUGUGUUUUAUGUGGCCUUCUGGUUGAUAAGGACGGAAGCCUAUUCAUCUAUAAGGUAGCAAUUGAGGAACCAAGGGUUGGAUCCCCUUCUUUUGUUGGUCACACAUCAGUAACAUUGCCGAUUCGAAAAGACUAUUUUGGUAGAAUUGCUUUGGAAAGAUCCAGUUUGCAAUUCACCCCGGACGGGCAAUAUCUAGUUUUACUUGACAGCAUUAAAACACCUUACUGCAGGCAGGGGAGUAUCCAUUGUUUGUGCUCCACAUGUACGUCAAACUGCUCGGAGGAGAAUACAGUAAAGAUUGUGCAAGUAAAACUUGGCUAUGUUUCAAAGGUGGCAAGUUUGAAAGCAGUAGACAGUUUAGAAUGCAUAUUGGUUUGUGCACCUAACAAUCUUGUUGCUGUUGGAGAAAGUGGGAGACUGCAUCUGUGGGUUAUGAAUUCAACAUGGAGUGCGCAAAUAGAGAAUUUUGUUCUGCCAGCUGAAGAUUGCGUCUCCCCUGGAAUAGUGGAGUUGAAGAGAAUUCCAAAUUGUACCCAUAUAGUUGUUGGACAUAAUGGUUUUGGUGAAUUCAGUUUAUGGGAUAUUUCUAAACGCAUCGUUGUGUCGAGGUUCUCUGCAGCAAGCGCUUCAAUCUGUCAAUUCGUUCCUGUCAGUUUGUUUACUUGGCAAAUAAAAUGCCUUGUUUCAAGCUACUCUGAUAUAGAAGAACACAUCAAUGAAUUGGUGGCUGCCACAUCCAAUGACCAAUUUUCUUUGGAGGGGGAAGACAUUGCUGUCUGGCUUCUUGUCUCAUCAUCUUCUGAUUCUGAUGCUCAACAAGACUAUGUAUCAGAUGAUUGUGACUCGAAUCCAGUGGGGAGGUGGAGGCUUGCUCUAAUGGUGAAAAAUAUGGUGAUCUUCGGAAGUGCAUUGGAUCCAAGCGCUGCUGUGAUUGGUGCAUCAGCGGGUCAAGGCAUCUGUGGUACUUGUGAUGGGCUUGUGUAUAUGUGGGAAUUGUCUACAGGAAACAAAUUUGGCGCUCUGCAUCAUUUCAAAGGUGGCAGUGUUUCCUGUAUUGCUACGGAUGAUUCGAGGCCGAGGCCAGGCGCUGUGGCCGUAGCUGGGGAUAAUCAGUUGCUGGUUUUCCUGCACUCUGAAAAGUCGUCUGUACUUUAA